CUUCAACAACAUCAAUAAGACAAGCAAGGACUUUUUUUGUUUGCAGUAUUACAGCAUAUAGUCUUUUUCUGUGCUUUUAAGGAUGUCUAAUUCCAAUGUUACCAAUUCGAACAUCACUCAGACUAUAACGCCAGUGGAUCGAGAUCUGAAAACCAUUUUAUCCGUGUCCUCGUGUGUUAUUUUCCUCUAUGUCAAUGGAGUCAUGAUCUUCACCUUAAGGAAAAAGCCUGUUUUUCAGGAGACGUCUCGCUAUAUUCUGUUCGGUCACAUGCUUUGGGUCGACACGCUUAAUCUUGUAAUGAGCGUAGUGUUAUUUGCUUGUGCUGUUUUUAGGCCUUUUGUUAUGAAAAUUGUCUGUCUUAUACUUCUUGUUGCUGCGACAGCUCUCUAUCAGGUCUCAACUUUGAAUCUGGCUUUAAUGUCAUUGGAGAGAUAUGUGGCCAUCUGCUUUCCUCUCAGACAUGCAGAAAUCACCACUUAUGGAAGAACCAACAUGGCUAUUGGUGUUAUCUGGAUGAUAAGCUGGAUUCAAUCCCUGUCUGAGAUUGUUAUCUUUUAUUCCAUUGAUACAACCAACAUAGCAGUGAAUUUGUUCUGCUCUAGAACUACUCUCUUCAGACUGCAGAUUUAUAAGAAUCUUGAUGUAGCUUUCACAUGUGUAUAUUUUGUGUCUGUGUGUUUUAUUAUCAUCUUUACUUAUGCCUCUAUAGCAGCUGUGGCUAAAACUGCCUCCGGUGAUAAAGCAUCAGCCAAAAAAGCCACCAAGACUGUCCUUCUGCAUCUAAUACAGCUGGGUCUAUGUGCUGCAUCUAUUUUAAUUGGAGUAAUUCAAGAAGUCAUUUAUGUUUUUACCAGCUAUGCGACUAUAAUUAGUUUUAUGUUUUUCUUCUUUGUUGUGUUUAUGAUUUUUCCAAGAUGUCUAAGUCCUCUUAUUUAUGGUCUGAGAGAUCAGGCCUUCAGCAGUUUAUUUAAAUACUACUUCGCAUUUGGUCUCAAAAAGCCAAGCAAAUGUAAUACAGAGAUGCAUUUAGGAGGAGGCAGCUGAUUGUUAAAUAUUGAAAUAGUAACUAAAAGUCUUGGUACAGUAGAUAAUGUUUCUUAAUUAUUAAGAUAGAAAGGUUAUCUCUAAAACUGCAAAAAAUGAAAACUUGAAUCAGAUAUUGGUGUAAAAAACAGAUGCAUAUUUAACCAUGUGUUUAACAAACAUAUUAAACCCUUAUCACCACAAAUUUAAUGACCACAAACAUGAGAAAGUGUUUUAAAAGUAAGCAAUUGUCAAUGUUUUAGCAUCUUUUCUGCCCCAAAUAUAAUUAAUACUAACACUGACUGAGAUUUUGUUGUUGUUGUUGUUGUUGUUUUCCGGUUUACCAUACUGUUUUAGUUAUGAUGCAAAAUGUGCUCCGACAUAACAGCCUUUUACACACAACAAUUAAAAACUACUUGAUAAAUCAUU